AUGGAUAAAUCCUCCACUCCAGCAAAGCCUCGACCAAAACGGGAGAUGCAGGAUGAAGUGUCUGAUGCUGACGAUGCUGGAACAAGCAACCCAACGCCAGGCGGAAGGAACAAUCACGCACAGAAGAGAAGAGUUCGCCGUGCACCAGCAAGCACCGAAUUUGACAUCCAGGAUAGAGCGGGUCAAGGACUGUCUGUCUCUAUUGGAGGUGCAUGGCGGCCAGCGAUUUGGCACCACCGUCUUGUGAUCGGCCUGGACAGAGAGAAGUAUGGAGUGCAUCUGUAUGAUACUGAACCUCCUCGCAGAGGCGAUGAUCAACCGACAGAAGAUAUCACAACGUUUCUAGCCGGUCAGAAGAGUUGGGCAUUUGGGAGCAAAGAAGGCCGACCAAGCAUUCUUUUCCAGCUUUAUCCGAAGAUCGACCAGUAUCCGGACCGAAACAAAGUUGUUCCUUGGCUGGAAUGGGAGAUUGAUGGGGAGACCAAGAUCGUUCUCGAUGUUGUUAGCCGCUCUCCUCUCAGAGACUUCAAGAAUAUCCCUGUUCAGCUUGCCAGCAAUGUCGAAGGUGGCCGCCUUGAGGCUAUGGGCCGGGAAGAUUCGCGAAUCACCAGCAGCGACUUUCUGCAACAUAUGAUCCCCUUGUUAAAUGAGAAUGGGGAGCCUAAAAGGGAUGAGAAAGGGGUCAUCCUAAGUGACCGGCCAUCAAGGCACGUACUGGACUAUGUCAGAACUCAGUUUCGAAAUCAAUGUCGGUGCUUAUCAUGGAGAACGCUGAGAUAUGGUUCGGUAUUUGAUCGCCAGCUGUUGAAAGACAUCACAAAACAGGAUAAAGAUGCAAACACGACUAGAAACCUUCCUGAUCUGUCCCAUAGCGAGAUAUCUGCCAUCCGCUCGUCUGCUAGGAAUGCAGAGUUGGACAAAGGAAUUGGCGCUAGACUUGCAGCAAAGGAUGAAUCUCAGCUAGAUUCAGCACGAAAUAGUCCAAAGCAGUCUGGGACCAAGGUGUACGAGGAGGAUGGAACAGCAGACCUUCCAGAGUACAGCGAUGUAGAUGACUUACCUGAUGUCUUGCUGGAUCAGACCUCUGGGAACAACACACCUGCUCAACGACGUGGGAAUCGUGCUUCCAGGAAGAUGUCUAAGCUAUUUGAUGUUGCAGGAACUUCUUCUCAAACGUUGGUUGGAGAUACGGUCCAAACCGGUUUUGAAGUGAUUGAUCCAGCUCUCCUUACUCCAGCUGCCUCGCAAAUAACAACAAUAACAACGACAACAACAGAGCAUGCCGAGCCCUCGACUAAGAACACAGGUCAAAACACUCCCCAGCUGCCUGUGACCACUCUCAACAUACCUGCUACCUCGUCACCUCCAACGGCUGACACAACCAAAGCUGUAUCUGCACCCAGAGGUUCUGCUUCUCCUAGUCUUGUUACUUCAGCUCCAUCUACCGAUACUCAAGAUCCUUCAGAUCCUUCAGCAGAUAGCGAGAAGGCUGUCCAGUCUACUGCUGCUACUAAGUCUACUGCUGUUACUAAGACUCGCCCUGUGUUAUCAUUAAACACAGCGACAACAGAGGAACAACUUGGUAACGACUUGCCGAGCCCAAAACGCAGAUGCACUACUAAUGAAGGAGGAGAUCCAGACAGUGAUAGCAUUCAGGUGACCAAUAAUUCUAAACUUCGAACACAAUCUCCCGAACUUUCUCUCCAGCAUCAAAACAUUGCAUCACCACCAUACCCUACAAACGUGCAAGAGCUACUCGAGCAGUUUGGUGCAACUUCACGACCAGGAGGAGCUGCAUCUCCUCUCCUAAACUCAGGAGCUGUGAAUACUACUAUUUCUUCCACUCAAGAGAAAGCACAACCUGUCAACCAGAGUUCAGAAAGCCCACAGCCGAACAGUCCUGACGAAGCACUACCAGCAAUCCCAACAUCUGCUACACCCAUCCGUUCGCGAUCUGUGUCACCUGCUCCAGCAAUGCCGAGUUCUUAUCAACCCAUCCAACCGCGACCUGCUCCACCGAGUCCGAUGUUGCACCACAAUCAAAUGCAGAUGCUCUCAGCUGAACAAGCGCGCUUCGCCGCCACCUCGGACAGAGUCUCUUCGCUAGAAUUAUCCAAGGCAAGGCUCUUCAACGCCUGGCUGAAAGACCAAGCCGAUACCAGCGAUGGUGCUGCUCUUUACGGACCUAGAUUCAACAUUUCCCUGUCCAGUCUGGGUUCCAACAACUCUGCCCGAACUGACGCCGAGAUGCGCACCUUCAUGUCGAGCUACAACAUCCCAGGCAACUGGUCCGCAUCGAGCAUCGACCUCCGCCAAAAUGAAGAGCUACGCCAGGCAGUCCACCAAGCCAUCUGCGAAGCCGCACACUGGGAUGCUAGAAACUACGUCGAGAACAGCAACCUCAGCCGCGUCGACCUGAGCACCGACGGCGGUUUCUUCCUGGCGCGCGCAUUCUGGGCCAGCAUCACGCCGAACGAUUGCCGCUUCUGGAACUUCACCUCGACCGAGCAGCUCAACCGCUCCCUCCACGCAGCCCUGUGGCGCUACAGGCAGCUCACCGGUCGCGCCCUGGCCGCGCCAGGCCACCCUGCCUUCCUCGCGGUCGAGACCAGCUACCACGACGCGUGGUGUGAGAUCUACCGCCAGAUCUUCCUGCCGUAUUUCCUACGGUUCAAGGACCCCGUCGAGGCGGCGUGCUGGGCCCCGCAGCUGGGCAUGCUGGCCAAGUGGGAAGGUGGGGCAGAGAGCUGGGCGAGGAGCCCUACCCAUGUCCAGGACGGGUUUGCCUGCCGUUUCGAUGUGGAGGGGAGGGGGGCGUUGGAUCCGAGGAGGGAUGCAACGAUGAAGCGUCCGUCCCGUCCUUAA